AUGGCAGGCCAGAAGGAUGAGUCGCACGCGACACAAUCGACUCUGUGGACGAGAUCCCUUCUGGCAGGAGCAGCUGCCGGUCUUACCGUAGACGUUUCUCUCUUCCCACUCGAUACCAUCAAGACCCGACUCCAGCAAGCCCGGAACAAAGCACCUGGCUCCUCAUCAGGAGGCUCACUCAAUGCUAGUGUGAACAGUCUGAAAGUCCUUCGACAGACGUUUCGCGGGAUAUAUGCGGGACUACCGUCCGUCCUUCUUGGAUCUGCUCCCUCAGCCGCGAGUUUCUUCGUUGUUUACGAUGGUGUGAAACGAUACUUUCUCCCUCCAAGCACAUCUUCGUCCCCCAUACCGUGGCAGCAUACAUUCCUCACCCACUCCAUUGCAUCUUCUUUGGGUGAGAUUGCCGCUUGUGCUGUCCGAGUGCCUACAGAAGUCAUAAAACAGCGUGCCCAGGCAGGUCUCUUUGGGGGUUCGACAUUACUGGCUCUCAAAGAUAUUCUUUCCUUGCGCCACCGGAGCGGGAGCCAGGGCGGACGACUUCUGGUUAUUCGUGAACUAUACCGAGGGACCUCAAUCACAAUUGCUCGAGAAAUCCCCUUUACCAUUCUACAGUUUACCAUGUGGGAAGGGAUGAAAGAUGCGUAUAGCACUUGGAAGAAGGAGAACAAGCCAAGCGAGAAACCAGAAACUAUUUCUGCAACUUCGAGCGCAUUUUUUGGCAGCAUUGCUGGAGCUAUAUCCGCGGGGUUGACUACUCCCCUUGAUGUGGUCAAAACACGAGUUAUGUUAGCCCGGCGUGGCGGAAACACCGAAUCAGGUGUGGAAAAGGUCAGAAUUAGAGAUAUCGUCAAAGGAAUAUGGAGAGAUGAAGGCGCCAGUGCAUUUUGGAAGGGUAUUGGGCCUCGAGUCGCUUGGAUUGGGAUUGGAGGUGCCAUUUUCCUGGGAAGCUACCAACGAGCGUGGAAUUUGAUGGAGGGUCGCCGUGGCGAAAAGGAGCACCAAUCUGAGCCUCUUAAUAGUGGCCUAAUAGUGGAGUAUAAAGCCACAGUUUCUGGAUGGCUAGGAAGUCUACCCAGCGAGUCAGCUAUGUGUUUGCAAUUAGUGCUGUCAGCAUCGGAUGCCCCCGGCGGCCACAGACUGGGCGUGAAUGGCCUUGCCGUUGAUACUACGAGUUCAAUCCUGUAUUCUGCAGGCCGAGAUGGCGUAAUAUGCGCCUGGGAUUUGAACCUCAAUCUACAGACGCGAAGCGAUUUGCAUGAUUCUUCUUCAAGCAUUACACCCCCCAAGUCAGAUGCCACGCCAACCGCAUUCAGGCGGCAAAUCCAAGCUCACACGCAUUGGAUCAACGACAUCAUCUUGACUCAGAACAACUCAACACUUGUCUCCGCCUCAUCAGAUACUACUGUGAGGGCAUGGAGACAGGCAAGUGACGAUUAUCCACCUGCGGUUAUAGGAAAGCAUACGGAUUAUGUCAAAUGCCUUGCAACUCCCCAGUCAAAUGCUGACUGGGUUGCAUCUGGUAGCUUGGACCAUAAAAUAUACCUUUGGGACUUGAAUGGUGGCGGAGAGAGAAUGAAAAUUGAUGUUUCUGAGCAUGAUAAAACACCUAAGGGUUCGGUAUAUGCUCUAAGCGCGAAAGGGUCCAUUUUAGCUAGCGGUGGCCCUGAUAGUGUUGUUCGGAUAUGGGAUUCAAAAACUGGAAAAUUGGUCACCAAAUUUGUUGGUCAUACAGAUAACGUCAGGAGCAUCCUCGUUAACCGCGACGGGGAUACAAUUAUGACGGCAUCAUCAGAUCAGACUGUUAAAGUAUGGUCAAUGGCGGCAGACCACCCACAAUUAUCUGUCUUUUAUUCAAGCGACAGAUCUGGCCUCGUUGCAAAGACUGAUACCAGGAAUGUACCAGACAUUGAUCAAGGCAUUUGCGUCGCUGCAUUGCAAGAGAAUGAUGGCGUGUUUAAAGUUGUGGCAGCUGGAGAUCAUAUUUGGACAGCAACUCCAAAGUCUAGCAUUCAUCGUUGGAGUGAUGUUGAUACCACCGCGGAAAUUGAAGUUACAACACCUCCGCCUCUCCGCCAGCAUGACUCAAGUGUAACCUCCGAAACACCUUCGGAUGAGAGCAAAGCUGUUCCACUACCUUCUUCAAAACAGAAAAUUUCUGCAAGCUCUAUCCUAGUCUUAUCAAGUACCGCUACGUUCCAGAACCCCAUGCACCGUGAGGCUGAUGUUGCAAGUUUGUCGGUUUCCAGCUUGCGUGCUCCUACUGAUAUCCUUUUGGAUGAGGGAAUUAGCAUCGUAAUCCCACUCCAAUCAUUACCUCAAGAGACAAUAGAAGGGCAGCAUGGCAUGAUAAAACAUGUAACGCUAAAUGACAGAAAACGGGCGUUGACUCAAGACACGGCUGGUGAAGUGGUGCUAUGGGAUUUACUUAGGUGCGUCCCUAUACAAUCAUUUGGUAAACGCCAUCUGGACGAUGUUGCCUCCGAAGUGAAUACUACGGAAACAAUUGCCAAUUGGUGUACUUUACACACGAGGACGGGGAGACUAUCCGUCAUCUUAGAACACAACCGCUGCUUCGAUGGGGAAAUAUAUGUUGAUCAGGCUGAUCUUCCUGAUGUGAGUACUGAUACAUACCGGGAAGAUCAAAGAAUUAAUUUUGGAAAAUGGAUUCUAAGACACCUCUUUGAUGGGGUGGUCAAGGAAGAAGUCGAACGAGAUGAGGCAUACAGGAAAGCUCUUAAACUGAAAGUUGAUCAGCAGGGAACAAGCAAAUAUGAUACCUUAGACGCGACAGCACUCCCAACUGUUGUCACUCCCGGAUCACCUGGGAGACCGAACCAGCCCGGUUCUCCUAGCUUAAGAGCCGCAGGUACACCGAGCAUAGUUUCACCUUUCCCUGAGCUGCACAAUUCCAACUGUGGGACUUCAACAAAUGAUGCUUCUUUUGGGAAAGAUAUAGCAGGCUCACCCGAUUAUUUCUCCAAUCCAACGAAACGCCCAUCAACGGAUGCAACAGAUUCAGCUGUUAAACCACGAUCUUCUGCAGAUGAGCAACUAAUGCCUCCUGUCUCCCUUGCAACCCCAUCAGAACCAGAGAAAGAGGAAAAGUCCAAACGGGGGGCCACCCUCUUUGGUAAGAAAUUUCAAAUGACCUUCCCGAAAAAGUCCAAGAAUAUUAUCCCAUUCAAAGAGGUACCCAAAAUUGCAUUCUCAUUAAAACCAUUCCAAGAUUCUCUCCCCGAGGUUAUAAAACCUGACAUGACCGCUCCAAAUAACUCAUCCCGCCUCAAUGCAAACCGAAUGCUUCGCGCAAAGAAGAUUCUUGCAUACGUUGCAGAACGUAUCGACCCGCAAAAUGUAGAAAACCCAAGCGAGGAUGCUCUGAAACCAGAAGAGUAUCUCGAGCUAUACUGUCAAAACACUUUAAUACCUAUGGACAUGACUCUCGCAACGAUACGUACUCACAUAUGGCGAACAGGAAAUGAUAUGGUUCUCGUCUACAAAGCAAAUGGAAGAAGAAAGAUUCCGAUUCCCGAAGAAGAUAGCGAGACACAAGAGAACGAAGGAGAACCUGGAGUUAGUGUAGAAGCUUCUACCACUCCAGGCCCUGAGCAGAAACCACAGGCUAACGGAAAGCACGCUUCGACAGAUGCUCCUGUGCAAUCCCAUUCAACAAUAGUGACGGAAAUGAUUUGA